GUCAGGGCUUUGGACAAUGGCAGCCACAGAUUCUUUGGGUUCGGUCAGGUAUAAAAGUAACGGUUACUAACAGGACCAGCAUCAGUUCACAGCAACGCAGUUCUCUGAAGAACCAACACCACAACCAUGACCAUGGGAAAGAUCAUUUUCUACGAGGAGAAGAACUUCCAGGGUCGCUCCUAUGAGUGUAUGAGCGACUGCUCCGACAUGACCUCCUACCUGAACAGGUGCCAGUCCUGCAGGGUGGAGAGCGGCUGCUUCAUGGUCUAUGAGCGCCCCAACUUCAUGGGAAACCAGUACUUCAUGAGGAGGGGCGAGUACGCCGACCAUAUGAGCAUGAUGGGAAUGAGGGACUGCAUCAGGUCUUGCCGUAUGAUCCCCAUGCACAGAGGUCAGUUCAGGAUGAAGAUCUACGAGAGGGAGAACUUCGGUGGUCAGAGCCACGAGCUGAUGGACGACUGUGACAACAUCCAGGAGCGUCACCGCAUGUCCGAGUGCCAGUCCUGCAACGUGAUGGACGGCCACUGGCUGAUGUACGAGCAGCCCCACUUCAGAGGCAAGAUGAUGUACCUGAGGCCCGGAGAGUACAGGAGCUUCAGGGACAUGGGCAUGAGCGGCACCAGGUUCAUGAGCAUGAGGCGUAUCACUGACAUGUAAAACAGCUGUGUAGGAUCUGUCUAAAUAAACCAAAAUAAAAGUUUUUUGACAAAAUGAA